AGCCAUUCUGGUAUUUAAGGUUGGUUCAUGUUUGAUGACAGUUUGAAAUUUCUCAUAUCUGCAUAGAAAAAAAAAAGCCGAAACAAUGUCAAGUUUUCUAGAAAUCCAGUACAGCCUCUCAAAAAGCAAGUUAUUGAGGAAGGCAUCAAGGAUGCUUUCCUCAAGUAGGCAAACUUCUUUCUCCUUUCCUGUCUACCAGCCAUGUAUGGACGAGCAGAAAAGAGUGUUCGAUCGGUUUGACUCUAAUGGAGAUGGAAAGAUCUCCCCUGAUGAGUACAAAGCCUUUUUGAGAUCUCUGGGAAAGAGCAAAUUCCUCACUCGGGAAGUUCAGAAGAUAUUCGAGGUUGCUGAUUCAGACGGCGAUGGCUCUAUAGAUUUCAACGAGUUUGUGGAAGUGCAGAGGAAGGAAGCCGGGAGCAGAACCACGGAUUUGCAUUCCGCGUUUCGGGUAUUUGACAGGGACGGUGAUGGAAAGAUUUGUGCAGAAGAAGUUUUUGAACUGAUGCAGAAGCUGGGAGACGGGUGCAGCCUGUUGGAUUGCCAGAAAAUGGUGAAAGCUCGUGAUGUUAAUGGAGACGGCGUGAUUGACAUUGAUGAGUUCAUGAACAUGAUGACUCGGGGCACGUCUCUUUGUUAGAGGACGACAAAGGAAUGCUCGUGCUCUUUGUUCUGUGUUAAAGUUGGAUUUCGUUCCAUAAUUCUUUACCGCACGCACAAGACAGAUUAUUAUGUUGAUUUUAGAUUAUUAUUUGUUGGUAUGUUGGAUUCAGGUUGCUUUUCUUGAUCAAUAAUUUUAUUCAUUGUGUGUGUAUAUGUUGGAAUAAUAUUGCAUUGUAUUGGAAGGAGUUUGAGAUGAAACUAAUAAAAUCCUUAAAAUGUCA